AUGGCAGACUCGGUGGACUCGACACUGCUGGGCGCUGACACAUCCCACCGCAAGAUUAUUGUGGGCAUUGAUUAUGGCACCACGUUCACAGGAGCGAGCUAUGUAAUCAUCAAAACCUGGCCAGGCAAUGCGCGCAACAUCGAUACAGUAUCCAAAACCCCAUCCCGGAUUGCAUACGCGACCGAAAAUGCGAAGGCUUCCAGAGACCUGUGGGGUUAUCAGGUCCCGCCUGGAAUGGUGGCAUACUCUUGGACAAAGCUUCUACUGGACAAGAAUACCGCGUUAACCGCGUACGAUGACACUGCUCUGGAAGAAGCUUCAGGUGCCGGCAUCUUGCGUCUCCCAGCCGGAAAGGCAGCGGUCGAUGUUGCGGCCGACUACCUAACUCAUAUCUAUCAACAUAUCAAAUUUACCCUCGCCCGCCACAUCACCCAACAAGAUCUGGACAUCACUCCACUUGAAUUCUGGUUUACUGUGCCUGCGAUCUGGUCCGACCAAGCCAAGGAUGCCACCCGGACAGCCGCGCAUAGAGCAGGGUUUUGGUCAAGCCCGGACAGACCCCACGAUCGGUUGUACUUCAUCAGCGAGCCUGAAGCGGCCGCAAUCACGGCGCUUAAGAAAUACACCGAUGAAAGUAUUGGAGGCUCGGUCAAAGUGGGAGACGGAGUCCUUGUCUGUGACUGUGGCGGCGGGACAGUGGAUAUUACUACCUACGUUGUCAAGCAGGUUAACCCAACACUCAAGUUCGAAGAACUACUGACAGGCAUUGGAGGAAAAUGCGGUUCCACGGCAAUUGAUCGUAACUUCUACAAGCUAAUGUCCCACAGAUUUGGCAAAGCAUUCGACAACUUGCCAGUAUCUGCCAAAGGCCCCGGAAGCCAUUUCACGAAUAGGUUCGAGGUUAUCAAAAAGGAUUUCGGGGACUCCUGCUUUCUCGACAUACUUGAAUUACCCCUGAACAUGACCUUACCGAAGGCGAAAAGUAGCAAACACUUCGAUGCCGAUGAACGUCUGGUCAAGAUAACAAGUGAUGACUUGCGCACUAUUUUUGACCCUGUGGUCAACCAGAUCAUCAGUCUGGUGCAGCGGCAGAUCACUGAUGCGCGCAACUUUGGCGGUCGAGAGAUGAUCAAUAGAAUCAUUCUUGUCGGUGGGUUCGGCGAGUCAGAAUACCUUCGAAGAGCGCUCGUGUCGACAUUCGAGACUACGGGCAAGAUCGCCGUCACGGUCCCCGAUAAUCCGCAAGCCGCUAUAGUUCAAGGUGCCGCCCUUCGCGGUCUCGAAGGUAUACGAUCAACGACCAGACUAUGCCGUCGGCACUACGGCUUUUCAUGGUCCCUCCUUUUCCGCAAGGGUUAUGAUGACGAAAGCGACGCCUGGAUUGAUGAUUUCGAUGGGAAAAAGCGGGUCCAAGGUAUUAUGAAGUGGAUGAUUGCCAAGGGCGAGAAAUAUGCGGAGAAUUACAAACAAACCACAUACGUGCGGGAGACUCACUCUCAUGGUGACUCUCUGAAGAAGACUACCGACUUCUACGCCUGUGAUGAGAUGCUAGCUCCCGAGCGAAAGAAGAUGAACGGAAUUUAUAAGGUUGGAAGUAUUGUAGUCGACUUCACUCAAGUAAAUCUGUCUCGAUUUGAAUGCAAGAAGAAGAACGGGCAGAAAAUCUACGACUUGCAAUACAAUAUCAGGGUUACCUUUGGCGCGAUGGACGGGCUGUUGAAAUUUGAGGCCACCAGCCAGGGGAAGACAAUUGGUCAAACAAGCAUCGAGUUCACGGCGACCUAG